AUGGAUGACCUUGACAAAGAAAUUCAGGAGCUGAUGAGAGCAAGGGAAACAAGAAAAUCAGAGACCGAUUUGAACAACAACUCUUCAGUCUUUUUUAGAGCUACCUCUGGUACUGUCUCUACUAGUUCACAUACCUCUUCUGGUGAUACUCAUAGUUACAAUCGUCCAUCUCAAUCAUCAUUAUUUGAUCGAAAUAACCGUGGUGGUCAUAUCAAUAGCCGUGGUGGUCAUACCAAUAACCGUGGUGGCCAUAUCAAUAAUACCCGUGGUGGUCAUACCAAUAAUCGUGGCGGCUUUAACAAUAAUCGUUACAAUAACAACCAACCCCGUCAUGAUAGUUCAUCAUCAUCAACAACAACACCUACUACUACUACUACAACAAAGAAUGAAGAUCGUAAAUCAAAACCAUCAAAAGAAAUAGAUGAAGCAGCAAUAUUUGAUAGAUUCUUUUCGAAAGAUCGUCAGAACAGUAGUUCAACAUCAACCUCCUCCUCCUCCUCUUCUUCUUCUUCAUCUUCUUCCUCGACAUCAUCGUUGGGUGAAAAAACUCCUUACCAAAGAAGUUACAACAGACAACCAUUUACAUCUAAAGAUGGUACUCACACCUCCUCGUCGGGUUAUGUAAAGAAGGAUUAUGAACCAUUUUCUAGUCAAGAGGGCAUUAGAAUAUACCUAAGAAAGCGACUAUAUGAAUUUGAAAGUGAUGAUCCAGAGUCAAGAAAGAGUCAACGUGACAUCACUGACGUGCUUGCAACGAACCAAAGAAAACAGCUAGAAGAUAUUCUUGGUCAAACAGGGCUAUCCGAUGAGACCAUGGCCCUCAUAAUGAAGUUCUUUGCUGCUGAGCCAAUUAGAGCGAGUAUCAUCCAACAAAGAACCAAUGAGCUAUACCAAAUGCUACUCAACUCAAAUGUAAUGGGACAUCAUUCAAAUAUGGACAACUAUUUGGACCAUGCUUUCAAAGCAAACACUCCACCAGAACGUAUCUUGGAUGUAGCAACGGUGUUCCACCAAAUAUCUAGCCGUUUUCAAGGAGGUUGUAACAAGAUUCCUUUUGAACCAUUUAAAAAGGUUGUGAUGCUUUAUUAUUCAAAAUCAAGCAAUUUAAUUGAUUGUAUCAGAAUGAUAGAGCUAAAGAAAUUAGCAAUUAUUGAUAGUAAAAUAUAUAAAGAUCUUCCAAUCAAUUAUCAAGAAUUACCAAUCAUUCCAACUGUUGAAGAAUUACAUGGUCCUUUUCCAGGUCUAAGUGGAUUAAUGGUUGGUGUAUACUAUUCAAAGGAACACUAUAUUGACACGCAAUUCAAGUUGUUGAGAGAAGACCUUGUACAUCCUCUGCGAGAGUCCAUCCAAACUUAUCUUGCUGGAAAUUAUUGUAAAAAUAUCUAUGAAGAUGUUGAAUUUGUUGCAAAUACAUCAUGCUUUCAAUCAUUAUCUUUUUCAGUUAAAUUUCGUGUAGAUAAACGUAUAAAAUGGAAAAAGACAUCAAAAUUAUUGCAUGGUAAUUUGGUAGGUUUGACAAAUGAUGACUUUGAAACAAUCUAUUGGGCAACGGUGACUACUCGUCCAUCUGAUGGAGACCUAGCACAAAUUGAUAUUUCAUUUUUAGAUGAUGAAAACACCAAGAAUAUUGGAAUGUUUUAUUUAUCGUCAUGGACAAUGGUAGAAUCUCCAUCGUAUUUUGAACAACACAGAAAUAUUCUGACAUCGUUAAAGAAUAUCGACAAGGUUCCAUUCCAAGAUUACUUGGUUUCUUGUAACUUGCAAAAUAUGAAGCCACCAAACUACAUUCUUGAAGACUCGCAGUUUGACUUUAGUGAGACAUUUUACGAGGACAUCAAGGAUCCAGAAUACUCUAAAAGGAGCUACAAAAAUGUCGAUGUAUUGGUCGAAAGCAGCAUUCCCAAGCAACUCGGUACAUUGGAUGAUUCCCAAAAAGAAGCUUUUUUACAUAGUCUAAGAAAUGAAUUAGCUUUAAUUCAAGGUCCUCCUGGUACUGGUAAAUCUUAUCUUGGUUUAAAACUAUUUGAAAAUAUAUUGAAAAAGCAAUCACAUCCAAUUCUUGUUAUCUGCUUUUCAAAUCAUGCAUUGGACCAAUUUAUCAAUAAUGUUGCUAAAACUACUCAAAACAUUGUGAGAAUAGGAAGCCAGUCUAGAGACCCAGGUAUGGAACAGUUCAGUCUUGCAAAAAAAGUUCGCCGAUCACAUGACCAUUGGCAUAUGAUAGAUGAAAGAAAGGCAACGAUAAAAUCACUGAACCUGAUAUUAAGAGAAUUAUCAACAGGGGCAGUGCCAAUUGCAUUCCUAACCGAGGGAGGUGGAUUGACAGCCCAGCAAAAGAAAAUCUUCCAAAAAAAGAAAAAGAAAUACAACUCUUUUAAAAAAUGGCUCAAACCUUUGGGAUUGGAAAUUGAGAAUCAUUUUGUCAAGAAAAAAGGCAUUACUAUUCAAACUAGUCAUUCUGAACCGGUUCCCAAUGAAGUGGAGGAGGAGGAGGAGGAGGAGGAUGACGACGAUGGAGAAGAUGAAGACGAUGUAAUAGACCAAAUGAAUGCAAGAUUUAUAAACAUCGAUGGAUUGGAUCGACUAUCGGAAAAGGAAGUGACUCCAACCGACCUGACAGUGACAUUCCAAGCCAUGUCUCAAAACUCGGCCAGUUUUGAAGUGGACAAUCUAUUUGAUCUCGAUCCUAGCAACCGAGCUCUCUAUUGGAGUCAUAUCCAAAAAAAGUAUCUCGAGUCUUUAUUAGAGAUCUAUGGAAAUUUAGUGGAGCGACACAAAGUAGAAACAGAAAACAUUAAAAACUAUGAACACCAAUCCUAUGUAACCGAGUUGUGUAAAACUGAAGUUAUUGGCGUGACAACAACUGGAGCUUCAAGACUCAAGGAUGUACUAUCAAAAUUAAAAUCAAAAGUGGUUAUCAUUGAAGAAGCAGCCGAAGUAAUGGAAAGUCAUAUUCUUUCUGUAGUUCCACCCUCUGCAGAACAUUUGAUUAUGAUUGGAGAUCACUUUCAACUUCGUCCAUCAUCAUCUGUUUAUCAACUCAACAAACAUAACAUUGAUGUUUCGCUCUUUGAAAGAAUUACAAAGUUACCAGGAUCAACUUUUAAAACACUAAACACUCAACGUCGUAUGGCUCCCAAUAUUUCUUGCUUUAUCAAAUCAAUCUAUCCUAAACUUCAAAACCAUCAAGAUGUCGUGACAAGAUCGAUCGAGAGCAAGGAUAAAAUCAGAGGUUUACAAAGCAACGUUCAUUUUAUUGAUCACCGUCAUUCCGAACAAUUAAAUGACAAUACUAAAUCAUCCAAGGUCAACUUAUUUGAAAUGGACUUUGUGGUGGAAUUGGCAAAAUAUCUGAUCAACCAAGGUUAUGAUAGCUCAGAUAUUAUUAUCCUCACACCCUACACUGGACAACUUCUCAAAAUCAAGAGUAAAAUUUCAAACCUCAUAAACUUUUACCCCAAGAUGAAAGGGUUGGCGUCGAGAACCGUAGAUCAGUACCAGGGUGAAGAGAAGAACAUUGUCAUUGUCAGUCUUGUCAGAUCAAACAAUGAAAAAGCUGGUGGGUUUAUUAGCAUCCAGAAUCGUAUAAAUGUGACAUUGUCAAGAGCUAAACUGGCAAUGUAUAUAAUUGGAAAUGGUGAACUCUUAAAGAGUGCUCAUCCAUUAUGGGAAGAGGUUGCCGAAAUUUUAACUGACCGUGGUUGCUAUACCUCUUAUUUACCAAUUGUUUGUGAGAAUCAUCCCAAAACUAUCAACAAAAUUACAACAGCAAAUGACUUUAAUCAAUGUUCUCCCAAUGGUGGAUGUUAUCUUCAAUGUGAAGAUAGAUUGUUGUGUGGACAUCAAUGCCAUUAUAAAUGUCAUUCGUUUGAUAGAGAACACAAACACAUCAAAUGCACAAAACCAUGUGAGUUGGAUAAUUUGUGUGGUCAUAGAUGUACUGGUAUUUGUUCGGCUGAUUGCCCAAAGUGCCCUGUAAAGGUCCAAAAGAAGCUCGGCUGUGGACACACCAUCACAGACAAAUGUUCAACCACAGACAGUAUUUGCAUUGAAAAGUGUGAAAAGAUACACUCUGGUUGUGAACACAAGUGUGGAAAACUAUGCAAAGAUAGAUGUGGAGAAUGUGAAACAAUUGUCAACCGUCGUUUGAGUUGUGGUCAUGUCAGAUCACUUGCAUGCCACCAAUCGUUAAUUGGUUUAAAAUGUAAUGAAAAGGUCAAAACUACACUAAUAUGUGGUCAUUCAACAAUGGUUAGAUGUUUUAUUGAAGACAAGGCUGGAGAGCCAUGCUCGUCAAAGUGCCAAUCAAUCAUGACCUGUGGUCAUCCAUGCACCAACAAAUGCUCAGAGCCUUGUCAAGACUCUACCAAAUGCACGGCUCCAAAGACAGUCAAACAUGAAUGUGGUCACGAGAUUAUUAUCAAUUGUAAUGAUACCAAGGAGAAAACGUGCAAGUUGGUUAUAUCCAAAACAGCAUUGUGUGGCCACACGAUCAAAGAUGUUUGUACUGCACCACUUCCAAAUCCCAUGUUGUGUGGAGAGAAAUGCUUGCAUUUACUCCCAUGUUCGCAUCCAUGUCCUGGAAAAUGCAGUGAAGAGUGUGACCCUACUUUAUGUACAUUUGUGUUCAUUAAAACAAGACCAUGUGGACAUCAAGUCAAGGAACGUUGUUCAACCCAAUCAUUAUGCUACAAACACUGCAAGAGUGUCCUGGCAUGUGGACAUCCAUGUCAACUACCAUGUACUCCUCACCAAUCAAAUGUAGCAGGUGAACAAAUUCAUAAUACCGAUUGUCAAUUUUGCAAGAAUAACACUGAGCCAUUCCCAAUGAUGGAAACUAUUGAGGUUGAAUACAUUGAAGGUCCAAAACCAACUGCACCAACCGCCAAAAAACAAAUCAAUAAUAGACAUCGCAAUAAUAAUAAUAAUAAGAAUCAAAAUCAAAAUAAUAAUAAUAAUAAUAAUAAUAAUAAUAAUAAGUAUCAAAAUAAGAAAAAAAAAUAG